CAUUUGUCGGGAUUUUUCGUCACCUGGAAACAAGAAGCGUAAUGGCUGCCUGCAGUGGUCGUGCGGUGCUGAUGGAGUUUCUGUGGUGUGAAUACUUGUUGUAGGCCCUAAUGCAUUGAAUGUUUCGAAAAGUAAAAGCUUGCAAGUGUUCAACAGAUGGUCUAAAACUAUAUUAAGCAAAGAUGGCGUCAUCACCUGGUGCAAUGAGUGAGGUGUCCGACUCCGCACGAGUCCAGAUUCGGAUAGACGCAGGCUCCCAACCACAGAAAGAGAAAAUGAAGGCGUUCCUUACGCAACCAAGGACUGCUUCCAAAUUGAGUGCUGUAACUGACGAGGCGACUGGUAUUACGUUUUCACCAGUUCCUAGUGUACAGACGAAUACUGAGACAUUGUCCUCCAAAAAAGGAAAGAAACGGUUUCACAGCAGGCGACAGAGAUCAGUGGCUCAGGAUGACACUGCUCAUGACUCUGGUAUCGAGGAGGAACGGUCAUCACCAGACACUGAAGGAAAAGUGGAUGAGACAUUGAGUGAAUUAGACCAGCUCUAUCCCAUCCCCGAAGGAUGGCCGCGCCUCCACGACAAGAUCUUCAAGCGUCGCGCCCUCUUCUUCCGCAAGCCUGCCUCCACUAGCGUCGAGUUGGCCAUGGAGCAUCUGCAGAAGCUGCAAGAUCGCAUUGAGAUAUGGAGCCGAGAGGUGGAGCUGGAGAUAUUGAGUAGGCGGCCGUCGGUCAUCGCUGCUAGCGUGAUGAACUCGUCAAGAUCUUCUAGUGUGAUUGAGGAGGCACCUAGCAGACUGACUGCUGAUACUGGUCGUAAGCAGCUCAGGUUUGUGUCGGACUCAGCCCUAUCCGGAGCCGUGGAGGAACUUGCCCAUAGCUCCAGUGGACGUUCAUCAACACUGCGUUCACCCCGUAGCUCGCUGCCUACAACACGUACGGCAGCAACACCAAGAACAUGUGAGCUGUCAGUGCAGGGAGUUGGCGCUGUUGCACCUAAAGCUGAAACGGCGCUGACAGACAUUGAAGAUGAGAUUCCUCAUCUGGGAGCAGAGGAGGUGAUAGAUGAGGUCGUCGUACUCCUGGGAAGUCUUGAAACCGACCGGCGAGACGCCCAAGACCUGUAUGAGAAGGAAUGCAAGAGAGUACUGUGGCUGCAAGCUAAGAUAGAUCGCCUAGCUGCAAGGAGGAUGUUUGAAAUGCCUAGAGCUGUGCAGAAAGAGCAUGAGUCAUGUGCGACUGACAUCGCUGAGUUGAAAUGGCAUUGUGCAUAUCGUGCCAGACAGAGAGGCCGCGUACAGAGCCAAGUUGAAACCGCUGAGCUAAUGAACGCUAGAUUGAUGGAAGACAUUGCCUUCGUUCAAAAACACUGCCCGCUAGUGGAAGAGAAGUUAGAAUUGGAGCGAGAUGCUAUGAAGCGAAUUGAUGAGGCUCAGGUCCAGACUACAGACAUGCUGAACCAGACCUAUGAGAAACUGCAAAGGACCGAGGAUAAGUCAGCCGAGGCUCAUGGGAAGGCAGACAUGGAGCGCGCUCACAUCAAGCGAGAGCUGGAAGCAGUCCGCGACGCUCUCAGAGAGAUCAACGCUGAGCUGGAUGAAACUAAAGCACUACACACAUCCUACUCUCAUCAAUGCAACGAUCUCAGAAAGAAGCUGCGUGAAAAUGCAGAAGAGAAAAUCGUACUUCUCUCAACGUGUGAGAACGCCAAAGCGGCAGAGAAGAUCCAAGCCUCCAAGGUCAAGGAGAUUCAGGAGAAGAUCAUAGAGGCGGAGUUUGAACAUCGGAAGAAGGCGGAUCAUAACUUCCAACUGACCAGCCAGACAGAGAGAAUGAGAAAUCAACAAACCAAAGAAGUGAAUGACUUGGAGGGAGAAUCCAAGCGACGGUUAGCUGAGCUGAGACAGCAAGAGUCGCAGUGCAGACAGAUGUCCAUGGAGAUUGAAGAUACUGAACAGAAACUAAAAACCUGUGCCAAGCAGCAGGUGGACGAUGCCAAGAACGUGGACCGCAUCAAGAGAGAGAUGACCAAAGUAGAAACACAGCUGGCUGUAGUAGACGAGGAGUUUGAAAAGAUCAAAAUCAUCAACACGGCCGUCCGUAAUAAGCUGAUCGGGGAAGAGGAUAAAGCACAGAUGCUGGAAGACACUCUACAGGGAACGUCAGACAGUCUGCGGAAGCGAGUCAAAGAGGAAACCCAUUCACGGACGGUCCUCCAGGCUCGUAUCUCAUCCGAUACCACCGACCUGGCUAAACAACAAGUAGAAGCCAAGAAGAAGAAAGCAAAGGUCUCCAAGAAGGCAUUCGAACUGGAGCAGAUUGUCAGUAACAUCUUAGCUGAUGUCAAAGUGCUCAGGAAGGAACACGCUCAACGACAACAGACUAUUGCAGAGCUUCGAGGAUCCAUUGCAGACCUGAAAGAGCGUCGUAAAGAAAUGGAGAAAUCCCAGACUUUCUCUGUCAAGGAAAUCGAACCACAGUGUGCAGAUCUUGAGAAGGAGAUAUUGAACGCUUCAAAGCGACUGGACUACAUGGCUUACCGCACCGACUUGAUCAACAAGAAGCUUGCCGAUAUGGCCAAGUCACAGAGUGUCAUGCUUAAAGUCAUCACAAGUACAGAGGAGACCAUCGCUGAAUUAACUGAAGAUUUGGAGGAGCUAACAAUCCAGGUGAAGUCGGGUCAGAAGCAGCAGGAUGAUCUGCAGGAUUCAUUGACCCAGGUCACCCAGCGAAUGGAGGAAGGCGGGAGUAAACAUCUAGAACAUAUGAAGGCAAGGAGGGAGAUGCUGGCACAGCUAGAGAGUGACUUGAGGGAAAGUCUGCGAGAGAACAAGGAGUUGGCGCAUCAGUACAGGCUGAAACAGCAGGAGCAUCUCAAGAUGAAAGAACAACUUCUUGAUAGCUUAGAGGGUCGUAUUAGCCUGGAAGCCAGCAUCAAGGACCACAAACAGCUGAGUGGUCUCCAGCUGCGUCUUCACCAUGCCUUGGUGCGCUACUACCACAUCCGAGGGCUCUUCAACCAGAACGAAUUGAUGCGAUUUGAGGAGAUGUCGGCAGAGAACAGCCAGCGUGUGGAAUCCUUACAGACAGAGAUGGAUCAGGCUAUCAACACAAUCAGCUCCUUCUUGACAGAUCAGUUAGAUGGAACGGCAGCGAGUAUGGUGCAUGCCGCUGCGAAUGCUGCGUUACUCAAAGACGAUGUUGCAAUCGGAGUAUCUGUGUAG